AUGAUCUUAAAAAAUGGUCCUGUUAAGCCGGUGCAAGGUUACUAUAAGUUUUUGGGUGUCGUUGCUGCUUUUGUUGUUGUUGUCGUUGCUGUUGGUGUUGUUGGUCGAUGGGUGACAUUUCGACGAUUUCGCCUUCCUCGGAGCCUGGACGUAUUUUGCUUAGCAGUAGCCUUCGGGUUAACUACUGCCAUGAAGUCAAAAGCGUACUUUCGCUCGUCGUUGUUCGUUCUUGCCUCUUUAUUCAUUGCAAGGUAUUUCUUUGCUCUGAAAACGAGAAUUCUUUUACCAUUAAAGCUAGGUGAAGCACCAUCCGUCAUUCUUGCUCCACCGAGUGGUUUCUGCAACAGUCGUCGUUAUCUGGUUAUAUUAAUUACGAGGGUACAAGAACCGGAGAAAAGGCGUCGAUUCAUGACGACAUACGGCCGAUUUAGUGAAUUGCACAAUUUUACUGUUCUAUUUCCCGUUGGUCUAUCUAAGGAUGAGGAGGUAAACAGUGCAUUGGGCAGAGAACAUGAAGCCCACGCCAAUAUAUUGCAGACGAACUUUGUCGACAGCUACCGUAAUCUUACGUUGAAGUCAUAUUCGUGGGCAAAUUACGUGCGAAAGAACUGCACCAGUGUGAAAGCGGUUCUGAAAAUUGAUGACGAUGUGGCGUUGAACGUCAAGGAAGUGUUCAAAUAUCUCGAUGACAUCGAUCCCAACGGCAAUAUCCUCUAUUGCAACCCAGUGAAGAGGGUAGCUGUAGAGCGCGAAAAACGCAACAUGUGGUACGUGUCAUUCGAACAAUAUCCACACGAGUUUUAUCCCGAAUACUGCCUUAGUCCUAUCUAUGCAGGAACACCAGGAACAUUCGCGAAGCUUUACAAUGCCACAACAGCCGUUAACCAUUUCUGGAUAGAUGACGUCUUCAGUACAGGCGUUGUUGGUCUUGAGGCUGGAGUGUCAUUCCGUUGGAUGCCUAUUUCCAAAAACUUUUCCAAUUUCCAGUCGUUUUUUAAUGGAAGUGCUGUAGCUCAGUAUGUGAAAGAAAUGGACGUUGCUUGGGCCCUUUUCGUAGCGAUGAACAUCGACCCAACAAGAAUUUUAGAAUAA